UUUCAGUAUGUCCUUUUCCAAUUCGGGCACAAACUUUCCAAUAAUAUGCCCAUUAAUAAACUGCAACCUUGAAGGAGAAAACAAGCUUGAAAAAGAAUAAUAAAAUAACAGGUGUAUCCUACAUAUUUGCCAUGGUGGAGGAGGGUAAGGGACUGCUCAGUGGCUCAAAGGAAACAUGUUUGUCCUUUGUUUUGUGUUCCCUUGUAGUGGAUGGCUGCAUUAUUCCUGAACGAUUAUGUCGCACCUGUUGUUGUUCAGUGUUACUAGCUACCGCUAGGCUAAUGUUUCUAAAACAGACUAUGUUUCUUUGUAUAUUGAGAGCCGUUACAAUGUACCAAAUGCCAUGAUAUUGAAUGCAUUGUUAUAUUGUGUCAAUUAUCGGAAGUUGUACCUCAGGUAUGACCCAUGGAAGCAGAAGGGAAUUUAUAUAAUGCCCAACCCAGUUAAAAAGGUGAGAAGAGCAGACAAACUACCCCAGAAGUUAAAGGGACCAGACAACAAAGAAUCACAUGAUCUCAGGAAACUACUGUCCCUGCUUGAAACUAAUGCUCACAGACACCAGGUGGCAGUAUUGAGUCAGUCAUGUAAGGUCCGCAACAGUGGAGGAAGAUCCCAGACCAUUCUCCAGCUAAAUACUGCCAGCAACAAUAGGAGUCAGAUUCACAUAACCUCUGAAGAUCAUGAGCUGGAGAAAUUCAGUGCAACAUACAGAAAUCAACAUUGUUUCAACAGUCAUCCUCAACAUAAGCUUUUUUUGGAGAUCCUUACCUCUUUGGUCAAGAACAGACUGUGCAGUGACUGGGUCGACCAUGCACCACCUGAGUCUGUCCUUAGAGUACUCAUCUGUCUACGAUUGCUCGUAAGAGAACCACUUUAUCAGAGAGUUUUUCAUCAACUCCAUGGUGUUGAUCUUCUCGCAAGGUACAUGGAGUUGGUGUGCAGCAGUUAUCUGGGGUGUGGAGAGCAGACAUUUGCCAUGGAGAAGUUGGUCACCAUGACGUAUAUGCUUCAGAAACUGUCUGCAGUGGAGGACCAAAGGCAGUGGGUUAUUGAGAGUGGCGCUCAUAAGACCCUGGUAAAGCUCCUAUCAACACGUGACAGCAGUGUAUUACUAGGUGCCCUCCUAGCACUCACCUCAUUGGCUGAGAGUUCAGAAUGCAAGAAGAAGAUAGGAGAGUUGUCAAUCGUGGAGAAUCUUCUUGUUAUACUACAAGAUUAUGACUUACUGUCCAAAAGGAUGAGUGCAGAGUUGCUGCGGCUGCUUUCCCCGGUGCGGCAGGUGCGGGAGCAGGUGAGGGAGUGCGAGGGCCUGCCAGUGCUGCUCAGCCUGCUGCACGGGGAGCACCUGAAGCUGCUGUGGAGCGUAGUGUGGGUCCUGGUCCAGCUGUGUGAGGAGCCAGACACCAGCGCUGAAAUACGCACCUGGGGAGGGGUGCAACAGCUGCUUCACAUCCUCGACAGUGAGCGGGCGUACGUUUCGGACCGCUCCUCUAUCGAGGCCCUCUGCAGCGCCAAUGCAGCGGGACGCAUCCAGAGACAGCACGUCAGUGAGGAGCUCAGUCCACAGGAGGAUGUGGACGACACCAUGUCUCUACAGUCAGCAUGCUGUGCGGCUCUGACUGAGCUCGUUUUGGAUGACACCACUGCACAUCAGGUGGUUCAGGAGAAUGGGGUCUAUGUAAUUGCGAAAUUGAUUCUGCCACAAAGCUUUCGCAAUGGACCAAAAGCAAUAUCCCUACAGUGCUAUGCAUUUCGGACCCUACGUUUCCUCUUCAGCAUGGAAUGUAACCGACAUCUAUUUAAAAGGCUCUUUCCUACAGAUUUAUUUGAGAUGUUCAUUGAUGUUGGACAUUAUGUGAGAGACAUCACUGUCUAUGAAGCACUUCAAGCAAAAGUUUCUCUCUACACUCAGGAGGAAUUGGACAGCCUGAGGGAGAAUAUUGAGACUGUCGACCAGAACCGCCCUCCUCUGAGAGUGAUCAAUGGCUACUCCAUACUGGACCAUCUAGGCACUGGGGCAUUCGGCAGUGUGUUCAAGGUGAGGAAACAGAGUGGUCAGAUGCUUCUGGCUCUGAAGGAAGUGAACCUCCACAACCCUGCCUUCGGUAAAGAUAAGAAGUCCAGAGACAGCAACGUGGAGAAGAUAGUGUCUGAGCUCACCAUCAUUAAGGAACAGAUGACCCAUCCAAAUGUUGUGAAAUAUUACAAGACAUUCUUGAAAGGUGACAGGCUAUAUAUUGUCAUGGAGUUGAUAGAAGGUGUUCCCCUCUGGGACCAUUUCAACUCUCUGAAAGAGAAGGAGCAGCAAUUCACAGAGGAGAGACUUUGGAACAUAUUCAUCCAGAUGUGUCUGGCUUUAAGGUACCUGCACAAGGAGAAGAGGAUUGUCCACCGAGACCUCACUCCUAAUAACGUCAUGCUUGGAGAGAGGGACAAAGUCACUAUCACUGACUUUGGGCUGGCUAAACAGAAACAGGAGAACAGCAAGCUAACAUCAGUGGUUGGGACCAUACUGUACUCCUGUCCAGAGAUAGUGAAGAGUGAGCCAUAUGGGGAGAAGGCUGAUGUCUGGGCUAGCGGAUGUAUCCUCUACCAGAUGGCCACACUGAGGCCCCCAUUCUACAGCAGCAACAUGCUCUCCCUCGCCACCAAGAUUGUGGAGGCAGUCUAUGAACCAGUGGAGGAAGGCAUUUUCUCAGAGAGAGUCACAGACAUGAUUAAAUGCUGCCUGACAACCGACGCAGACUUGCGUCCAGACAUUGUGGAAGUCAGCUCCAAGAUCUCUGACAUCAUGAUGAGGUUCAUGGACAGUUUGAAUACUUCUCAGAAUGCUUUGGAGAGGAGGGCAGAGCGAGACAGGAAGCGAGCACAGAAGUACUUCCUGGAGAGCCAUCGGGGCAGGGUCAGCUGCUGCCACUCCUCUAAAGACCAGGAGAAAACCAGUACUAGGACUGACUCUGAUGAGUCCAUGGUACCAUAUUUCUCUUUAGGCCACAGCUCAAAUCAAAGCAAAAAAAUACCCAGCCAAGAUAAUGGCUCAGAUAAAGAUCUAGAUCCCUCUCAUACCAACAUCUCCACUGUCUCGGGGUAUAAAGACGCUGGGCCGAUAAAGAGUAGUGUCAGUGCUUCUGUGGUAGAUGAAGCAAACUUAGCUGGUGGUGAGUUUGCUGUUCCGAAGCCAAAACCUCGACCAGUGUCAGCAGGAAUCUGUGUGUCUCAGAGGAAGGUUCGGCAGAUCGAUGAUCCCGUCCAAAGACUCCUGGUACAACUGCAUAAGAUCAUUUACAUCACUCAGCUUCCCCCAGCUCUUCAGCACAGUGUGAAACGGCGGGCGAUUGAGAGAUUCAAAAAGUCCCUGUUCCACUACGAAAGCAGUCCCUACAAUCUCAAGGUGGAACUUAACAAGCUGCUUCAGGGGUCUCCAGAGCUAAUGGAGUCAGGCUCUGCCAGCUCAGACUGGUGGUCUCUGGUCCAGUCUUUUGGAGGAGACCAUCUAGGUGCUGCCAAGCAAGCAGGGUUGGGUGAUAUGGAAAAUGGUGAUCUCAAGGAGGGAAUCAGCUAUGAGCAGAUGCAGGCCAUUAUAGAGGAGGUUCUGGAGGAGAAUGGAUACUACAACGCAAUGAGGAUUGACCAGGGUGCAACAGGGACAAACAAGUGACCAUCAUCCUUAUAAAUCAUUUCUUCAUUGGCAUGCUAGUGUUUUCCAGUCACACUGUCGAAAUGGGCUAGCACUACAUUUCUUUGAGAGGCUGAUAACCUUGAGAAGGAAGUAGAUCAAUGAUACACAGUCUGCAUAAAGGGGAAGUGUUUCACGACAGGCUCAAACAGACAAAUAGGGUCAGAGUACUAAUUUCGGGUCAAAGAAAGCAGUCAUACGUCUUCAACACAUAUGUAUAUUAGACUAUUUAUGGCCUAUGAAAUUGAAGCUGUAUGGUCACUUGGAGUUUUUCCUCUUUGAGUUUGCACUGAGCUAAUGUACUCAUGCAUUGAUCAUAUGUACAAAUCUAUACAGAUUCUAGGGUCUUUCUCAGUGUUGUGUGAGGUUUGUGUGGUUAUUUUGUGAUCUCUCUAUCUCUCAGGUUACACUUUCUUUAACUCUAAGUAGACUCAGGAUAGGGAUAUUACUGCUUUAUCUCUGGUAUUGUCUGACCUGCAUCAGACGGCAUGUUCCUAAUGUCGCUACACAAUGACUUGUUUGUUGUUGUUGUUGUUGAGGACUUUUGCACAGUUAAAUAGUCUACUUCCAGAUGAUAUUCUAUGUUAAAUGUUAUUAAUUGUACAUUUUCAUUUGUUUCUAAACAGCAAUGCUUUGAGGAAAUCUCAGGUGAAGCGAGAUGCACUUUCUACCUAUGUUUAACUUUCUUCAGACAGGUAUCCGUGUCCUCAGGUCUGUGUGUUAAUAGAAACUAUUGCAUGUAUUUCCAUUACAUGGGAAAUAAAUCUAUUGCUGU